GAUUAUUGCAAUAGACAAUUUAUUGACUUCUCUAAACACCACAGGCAGAUACUUGAAACCUCAAUAUUUGAACUGAGAAACACUGUAACAGAACUGGAAAAAAGACUUAGUACUGUUGAAGAUGAAGGUAAUGAAUGGAAAACCAGAUAUGAGACACAAGUAGAAUUGAACAAACAGCUGGAAAGGCAAAUUAGUAUUCUUCAAGACAAGAUGGAGCUUAUUUGUGGAAAUCCAGCAGAUAAAUUGUCCAUUGUUCGCACCUUUGAUCAAAUGCCUGUGGGUUCCUUAAAGGAGGUUCUUAAACAACUAGAAGAAGAGAAGAAAAGUCUCCAGAAUCAGCUAAAAGACUAUGAACUUAGACUGGAACAAGAAGCAAAGGCUUACCACAAAGCUAAUGAUGAGCGGCGCAUGUAUCUUUCAGAGAUCUUACAGACCUCAGCUACACUUAAAACUGUCGAAAGGCAAAAAACAGAUGCUCUUAGAGGCAAGGGAGAAAACCAGAUGCUGAGAGGGAGAUACAGUGUUCCAGGAAACCCGAAGAUGGUUAAUCUUCAAAAAGGAUUGAUUAAAAAGACUGUAGGAGUGAAGCAGCUUCCGAAACUAAAGCACUGA